AUUUCUUUUGCUGGUUGAGUGGGGAACUGAAGAACUCUAGUUUUACUGAGCUGUACUGUUGGAUCAAAAGAGUGACAUUUCAGUUUGUCUUCUCCAGUGUGUAAUUGGCCUCCAGGAUGAACAAAUACAGAAUAGAUUGAGUAAUGAAUGGACGGAAUUCAGGUCAGACCCCUGGAGGCGGAGGAGCCGUGCCUAAUGUGGGGGGUGGGGGUGCUAAGAUGGACAUCCCCACUCUCAGGAUACAAGCAGACACCCCUUUGCCGUCCACCUCAACCCGUACAACCCCGGUGGAGAAGGCAGGGGUACAGCUACCCCCACUCACGUCUGCCCGCUCUCUUGUUAAUGGGGGUAAACCCACCUUUCCCGGGGAGCCAGCCAGCAGCAGCAGCCACAAACACUCGUACUCUCCACUCACUAGCUCCUCCAAUCGUAUCCAUGCUCUCCAGCACUCCCAAAGCAAUCAACGUUCUGUCAAAAUAGACCCCACAAGCAGCUAUGGCCCGCAGUGCAUUGGUAUCACUCCAAGGACUGGAAACUAUGGAAACCAAGCUCAGCGCAUCUGCACUGUCACUUCUAGAGUGGGCACCAAUGGGAUCAGUUUGGUGGCAUCCAGUUUACAACAGCCCACCAGCCAUUUGUUACAAACACACACUCCCACCCCCAGCGAAGUCUCCAGUAUCCGAUCCAGUCCUCGACACACUGCGCCCACUCCAGCCAUGUCAGUCACAUCAGAAAAUGCCAGAUUUUCUACACCUGGUGGCUUCAACAAUGGUAGUGGGACACAGAAAACUGCCUUUGUGGAGCCAGCACCAGUGCAGCAGAAAAUGGAGUGGAACCCAUACAAACCAUUACCUGCCUUAAGCUCCAUAACAAAUGGUUCUGUGACAGGAAGUGAAUACCUGAGUCUAACCACCCCAGGGAGUGCCACCUCUCACGGAACCACCUCGCUUUCGCCAUACCUGCACCUUCCUGAGACUGUGUCCUCUCAGUCUGGAUCCAGCAUGGCUAGCCCUCGUCCAUCGGCUCAGGUGAGAAAACGUGGCUUGUCGGUUUCCCCGCUAUCUGCUGAGGGACUUGACAUAUCCGCUAUCAUUCGUUCCUCUCCUAAUAUGUUGAGUCUAAACGGUUUCCUGGGUUCUCGAGGAUCCUCCGCAAGUCUCUCCCCGCAAACUGGCCCAGGCACUGGCUGCUAUGGACAUCUCAUGAGGAAUGGAUCCAGCAGUCCUUAUUCUGGCUCCGGUUCAUCAGGAAAUCGCUUCCUCAACUUAACUCCUUUAAGCCCUAACACCCUGGUGAAAAGGGAGCAGGACUUUGAUGCCUUCUCUGACUGUGCAAGCAUGAUACAGCUUGAGAUGCAGGGCAACAGACAAGAAUCCGGCUUCAUGAGCAACCAUAUGGUGGCUCCAAAGGAUCAGGUGCACCUACUGGAACAAGGAUACCAUGAUCUGAACAUGAAUGUCAAUCUCCACAUGAACGUUAACAUCAAUGGGAAUCUCUUUGAUCUUCCCGACAGUGGGAUGGAGCAGGUCUCAGCCAACCCAUCCAGCACAUCAGUGUCCAGCACCCACUUCAUGCGCCCUCCUCCAUCCUAUGCACAAGCUCUGGAACAGCAACAUGGUCAGCAACGUCAACAACAACAACAACAACAGCAGCAGCAUAAGUGUUAUCUUCAGCAGCAACAUCACCAGUAUCAUCCUCAUCCACAGCAGCAUCAGCAAGGUCAUCCACAUCUUCACCAUUCCCAGCAGCAGGCCUCUCUGCACAUGCAGCAGAACAUCCUACAUCAUGUACAACAACAACAUCAACAACAACAACAGCAGGACCAGACUCAGAGUCAGCCUCUGCCUGUGUACAGCCCUGCCAUGGCUCUCACGACCAGCAACAUCAGCAACAUCAGCAACACUCCAGCCAUUCCUAAUGACGAGACUGGAGAGGAUGAGUCGGAGAGACAAGUGUGCAGGUGGAUUGACUGUAACCAAGUAUUCCCUGAGCAGGAUGAACUUGUGCGGCACAUUGAGAAAUGUCACAUUGAUCAGCGGAAAGGAGAGGACUUCACCUGUUUCUGGUCAGGCUGUCCUCGUCGUUACAAACCUUUCAACGCUCGCUACAAGCUUCUCAUCCACAUGAGGGUGCACUCCGGUGAGAAACCCAAUAAGUGUACGUUUGAAGGCUGUACCAAGGCAUUUUCCCGUCUGGAGAACCUGAAGAUCCACUUGCGCUCCCACACAGGGGAGCGGCCGUACCUGUGUACCCAUGCUGGCUGUGCGAAGGCUUUCAGUAACUCCUCAGACCGCGCUAAACACCAGCGCACACAUCUUGACACGAAACCAUAUGCGUGCCAGAUACCAGGAUGUAGCAAAAGAUACACAGACCCCAGCUCUCUGAGGAAGCAUGUGAAAAACCAUAGUCAGCGAGAACAACAACAACGCAAGAAGUUAAAGACGAAGGAGGAGGGAGAUUUCAGUCCGGAUAUGCUGAACAGUUGCCUGACGAUACAGGCCAUAGCAGCACGUGCUGAGGGAUCCCCCAUGGAGCACAGUGACAGCGGCCUGGGACGCUCCCCCCAUGACUCCGUGCCCGGUACCUCCAGUGAUAUAUACCCAGGUGUGAAUUUCUCCAGUACUCAUUCAAGUCGUAGCGGGACAGCGACUGGUGGCUCCACCAACAUCAGCAAUCACCAGUCCCCUGUCAGCAUGCGUGGAAGUCCCAUGAACACCGGUACAACACUUAGCGUCGUUGACGAGGCUAAUGAGAGUGGGUUCUCGCCAAACCCUCCUCAAAUGUUGACUCCAGGUCGACGCCCAAUGCCGAAUUCCUUCUAUAACAGACUUGGUCAUUAUAACAAUGCCAACAACCAGUUGCCUCCCCCUCCUCCGUACAAUUACCACCAGGGGACAGCUCCACAGCUCUAUUAUUCUCAGCAGGGAAAUACACAAGGUUUCAGCCAGCAAUAUUACCAGCAGAGACAAGCCAAUUUUCUGAACAACAACAACAGCAGUGGCCACAGAUUGCCCAAUCUGAUUCCAAUUCCAACAUUUGAGGAAAAUUUAGCGAGUCUACCAAGUGAAUUAAUGCAGAGAGCUUUAUCAAAUGGAGCUGGCUCUUAUGUGGACAAUUCACCGCAGCGAGAAUUUGAUGCUUUGACAGCCUUUGGACAGCUUCUUCCUGAAGAACAACAACAACAACAACAGUUUCUCCAGCUCAGUGCUAUUGACAGAUGUAAUAGCCGCUUGUCAGCUGUGUACGCUGAGGGAUCUACUUGAUAAGGUUUGCUUCUAAUGUGGCAGAAGACUUCAUAUGGUGCUGGAAUUACAGUGAGAGGUGGAACACAGAGGCUUAAGCUUAGUGCACAGUGCCCAUUUCUUAAUCAUGAAGGCUACUGUUGACACACUUGAUCAAGGUGCGCUAGCCUGUUGGUAGAAGAGCAGAGCUCUGGCGAAUUAACAAAGGAAUUACAUGUAUGAUUAAAUGAACCUUUCCUUUCCUGGCAGUACAAAUAAUCAAAUUUAUACUGUGAUGCAAGGGCACAAAUUUUGAUUUAAUUAAUGUGCUCACCUACAUUACAGGCGGAGGACCUACAUGUUACAGUCUGGUGUCUAUUGGUGCAGAUCUUGUUGUCAUGGUAACAGAUACCCAAAUGUGGAGGUAAUGAACACCUACUAUACACCUACAUUACAGAUGCAUAUUAUCUGUGGUGUCCAUUGGUGCAGAUCUUGUUGUCAUGGUAACAGAUACCCGAAUGUGAUAGUAAUGAACACCUACAUUACAGGGUCAUAUGGUCUCUGGUGUCCGUUGGUGCAGAUCUUGUUGUCAUGGUAACAGAUACCUGAAUGUGAUGGUAAUGAAUGCCUACAUUACAGGGGCAUAUGGUCAGUGGUGUCCUUUGGUGCAGAUCUUGUUGUCAUGGUAACAGAUACCCAAACGUGAUGGUAAUGAACGCCUGCAUUAGGGGCAUAUGGUCUCUGGUGUACAUUGGUGCAAAUCUUGUUGUCGUGGUAACAGAUACCUGAAUGUGAAGGUAAUGAACACCUACUAUACACCUACAUUACAGGUGCAUAUGGUCUCAGGUGUCCAUUGGUACAGACCUUAUUGUCAUGGUAACAGAGGUAGGCCAUAAAGAUGGUGCUUUGUUUUUGGUUGCUUCAGUAGCCGGCAACUAUUGAUGUUUGACAGUGCUCUUUUUGGAUUGGUUUUGAAGGACCUGCUCUUCAAUAUGUGAUAUGACUUGAAAAGUGAAGAUAAAGCUGAUGGAUCAGAUAUAGUUUUAUUUGAAUGUCCUGAUUUUUCAAAUGAACAUCAGUGGAUGGUUUUGUGUCACAAGGACACAGAUCAGAGUUAAUCUUAAAGUAAUUUUACUUUCAAUAUUAAUUUUCCUUUAAUAUUGUUUCUUGAAAUUUAAUUGUUUUAUAAAUUCUUUUAUUCAGGGUUGUAUAUGUAUGUUAUUGUUGUUAUUUCUGAAAUUGAUGAUCCUGUUGAUAGAUUGGUGAUUCUCAAAUGUGCUAAUAGGGCGUCCACUUGAUUCUGUUUUUUUGAUGUUUUUUUAUUCUCAGUAAUGUCAGUAUUGACAUAGACUUCAAAUGCCAUUUUCCAGGACACAUAUUUUUCAUGGACUGGGAAAUGUAUAUUGUAAAAAUUAGUUAUAUAUAAGUACUACUAGAUUUUGUUUCCAAGUUGAAUUACUUUAACUGUACAAUCUACACAAUUUUCCGUCCAAGAAAAGACAUCAGCUGUGGUGUUCCAACACAAAGCCAUAUAUCAGAUACAUUAAUGUGUGUCUGUAUCUCUAAUUAAUUUCACUUUUGAUAUUUCUGUUGUUAUUCUUUUAUUCACAAAUGUUUUGGAUGUUGGUGUAAAGCUGGUCAUCAAUUUCAUCGGAAAAUAUUACAUACUUUUUCACCAGCUUACUUGUCAACCAUGCUAUAUGUGAAACUGUAAAGCCUUGUAUGUUGGUAUGCUCUGGACAAGAAAGUUUUAGGAGAUUUCCAAGAAGCUUGCUACAGAAAUUAACCGGUGCUCUUUGUUCUGAGAAAGUGAUUGUGCUUGAAAUGUAUUUAUUUUAUGUUGAGAUAAUUUUGUUGAAAAAAUAUAUUCAUUGCUCAAGUGUACUACCGGUAUGUGAAAAAUGAUUUAAGAAACUUAAUUCUGUUUAAACAUUAACAGUACAACUGAAAUAUUUCUCAGGCAGAUCCUGGUAAGUGUUCAGGCAGCUUGAACUGUUUGUCACAGGUAACUGAUUGUUUCAAAAAGGUGAAAGAUGAUAAAACUAAGUGUAUUUGUAGGUACAAGAGAUCAUAUAUUUUUCAGGCAUUAACGUAGAAUUCCGUCCAUUGCAGUAACUUGCCAGGUUUUAUCUGUAAAUCCUAAGACAAUGUGGGAUGAUUACCUGCCACAGAUUGGUUAAGACAGUGUGUGAUGAUUACUGGCCACAGAUUGGUUAAGACAAUGUGUGAUGAUUAC